GUGUAGUCAACUCAGCAAAACAAACACGUACAUGUACAGUAUUUCUUGAGAGACAUGAGCCAACCUGGAAAGAAAGGUGGGAAGACUGGUCUGGGGAAGGCCAUCAUCAAGGACAAAAACAGAAGGAGAAGAGGUGCUGGAAAAGCACAAGCAGACAGUUGGUUGCAUAGCAGUGAGUUGGAGGAUGGGUACGAGUGGGGUCGCCUGAACCUCCGCUCUGUGACUGAGGAGAGUAGGUUGGACGAGUUCCUCAACACCGCUAAACUGGCAGGAACUGAAUUCACAGCAGAGAAGCUGAAUAUACGGGUGGUGGACUUUAGUGUUUACACGGGUCUGCCCAGUGCAUCAGAGUAUGCAGAGAUCGAGCAAGCUCAGAAAGAUCAUCAAGAGUUCCUAUGCAUCCCCAGAAGGCCUCACUGGGACUCCACGACAACAGGAAAAGAGCUGGACCAGUUGGAGAGGGACUCAUUCCUGGAGUGGAGGAGGGGCCUCGUGGUACUGGAGGAGAACGAGAAGUUGGUCCUCACUCCAUUUGAGAGGAACCUCGAGUUCUGGAGACAACUGUGGAGGGUCAUCGAGAGAAGUGAUGUGGUGGUGCAGAUCGUUGAUGCACGAAAUCCUCUUCUCUUCCGAUGUGAAGAUUUGGAGAAGUAUGUGAAGGAAAUAAAGUCUGAGAAAGUGAAUGUAGUGCUCAUCAGCAAGUCCGACCUAUUAACACUCAAGCAACGGCAAGAAUGGCUCAAGUACUUCACUGAAGACUGUCCGUCCCUUACUGUAGCAUUCUGGUCUGCUACCAUGGAAACUGAGCGGCUGCAACAACUCGAGCUGUUGAAUUCACCAAGUCUGAGUCCCAUGCUGGAAUCAGGAUCAGAACCUGACUCCGAGUCAUCUAGUCGCCAUGACUCCACCUCCUCUGAUGAAUGUGCAAUGGAUGACCAGACAAUCACUGUCAAUGACACCAUAGAUACUGAUACCGUUGAUGAUGUAAAGACUACAACAAUCGAAACCCAAGACACUAACUUUGCAGUAGAGCCAGCACUUGAUGAAAUUGAAACUAAUGACAAGAAGCUUUUAGUCAAAAGUACUAAACCUGCGAUUGAAGAGGAAAACCAUUCUGAUUCAAAAAUGAGUGAUGAUGAUGACAGAGAAGGAGACACUCGACUGUUAACUGGAGAGGAGUUGGUUGAACUACUGCUGUCUGUCAGUCCAGUACAAGACGGGGGGCUCACUACAGUGGGAAUGGUGGGGUACCCCAAUGUUGGAAAGAGCUCCACCAUCAAUGCCCUCAUUCAGUGCAAGAAGGUCCCAGUGUCUGCCACUCCUGGGAGGACGAAACACUUUCAGACCCUGUUCCUGAGCGAGAACCUCCUCCUGUGUGAUUGUCCUGGCCUCGUCUUCCCCACCUUUGUAACCUCCAAAGCGGAGAUGGUUGUGAGCGGGAUCCUACCCAUAGACCAGAUGAGGGACCAUAUUCCCCCAGUGUCCCUUGUGGCCUCACGAAUCCCACGGCCUAUCCUCGAGGAGACCUACGGAAUCAGACUACCACACCCCCAGGAAGGAGAGGAUCCCGAUCGACCACCUUAUGCUGAGGAGCUAUGUGGAGCUUAUGGCUAUGUCAGAGGGUUUAUGACGAGCCACGGUCAACCGGACGGCCCCAGAAGUGCCAGGUACAUUCUAAAGGACUAUGUGAACGGCCGUCUCCUCUACUCUCACCCUCCCCCUGGUGUCGACCUUGCCCUGUUCAACCAGUUCACCUCUGUCGAGUCGUCUCAGUGUGAUGAUGAUGACUCCGUUGGGCCUGUGACACAAGAAGCCGCUGGUACAGACAAGGUACCACGAACAAAGAGUGAAUUCGACAAGGAAUAUUUCAGACAAGCUCAAGUUCGUGUCAUCACGAAAAGUGUAGUUCGACAGGGACCAGGCCCACUCACUGACUCUGAGGGAAAGCCUUGGAGGAAGCAUAAUAAUCGGAACAAGAAAGAAAAGACAAGAAGAACUAUAGUAUACUAACAAUAAUAAUGUAUUGUGUUUAUGUGUGUUGUGUAAAUAGUUAUGGAUAAUUAAAUCUUCUUUUUUGUCAACCUCCAUUCCAAUUCAAGGUGACCAAUAUAAUUUGUAUCAUGUGCACAAA